CGGCAACAUGCGGAAUCUCCGCCCGAACACCAGCACAGUUCAUUUCUAAAAUUACAUUUCAGAUAACAGGGACAUAGUUUAUCAUAACGAAAUAUGAGGCCCCCGCCCAGGUGGUGCCAGUAAGUGCAGUCCUUGUAAUCCUCCAGCGGCGUAAGUUAUACCGGAUAGCGGAAAUCGGCGGGACAGGACAUGUCAGAGGGACAUGGAUCCUGCCUUCCACAGGACGAUUUCCCCGUGAGAAAACAAAACGGAAACCUCCGUUAAUAACAGGGAGCCAUGAUUCCGGUAACGGAAUUCCGGCAAUUCUCCGAGCAGCAGCCUGCAUUCCGUGUCCUCAAGCCCUGGUGGGAUGUCUUCACCGACUACCUCUCUGUGGCCAUGCUUAUGAUCGGGGUCUUUGGAUGCACGCUGCAGGUAAUGCAAGAUAAAGUCAUUUGCCUUCCCAAAAGAAUGUCCUUGCCAAACCAAGCUGUACCGUCACAAAACACAUCUGCGAUCAUGCUGGAUCCUACCUUAGCUCCUCAUGCUGAUUUUUCACCUGAACCAGCGGUACAAGAAAUGAAGGGAUUAAAAACAAACCUGGACCUGCAGCAGUACAACUAUAUAAACCAGAUGUGCUACGAUAGAGCAUUGCAUUGGUAUGCCAAGUAUUUCCCUUAUCUAGUUCUUAUACAUACAAUCAUCUUCAUGGUGUGUAGCAAUUUCUGGUUCAAAUUCCCAGGAUCCAGUUCAAAAAUAGAGCACUUCAUUUCCAUUUUGGGCAAGUGUUUUGAUUCACCAUGGACCACUAGAGCCCUGUCCGAGGUGUCGGGGGAUAACCCAGAAAAAAAAGAAAGCAGGAAACCAAACCAUAACAUAUCGACAUUAGAGAGCAAUCUAGAAAAAAGCCACUCCCUCAGGUCCAUUGCUGAGAAGUUUGUAGUUGACAAGCCAGCUGCAAGAGCACUAGACAAGAAAGAAGGUGAACAAGCCAAGGCUCUGUUCGAGAGAGUAAAGAAAUUCCGGCUGCAUGUCGAAGAAGGUGAAUUGCUGUAUAUCAUGUAUGUUCGCCAGACUGUGUUGAAAGUGCUGAAGUUCAUUUUAAUUAUCAUAUACAACAGCAACUUAGUAUCACAUGUGCAGAUGAAUGUGAUGUGCAAUGUAGACAUACAAGACAUGACUGGAUACAAACACUUUUUUUGUAACCAUACAAUGGCGGACUUAUUCUCCAAACUAUCAUAUUGUUACUUGUGCUUUGUGAGUGUUUAUGGACUCACGUGCCUUUAUACAUCAAUAUGGCUGUUUUACCGCUCACUCAAGGAGUAUUCCUUUGAGUAUGUGCGUCAGGAGACCGGAAUUGAUGACAUCCCGGAUGUGAAAAAUGACUUCGCUUUCAUGCUGCACAUGAUCGACCAAUAUGACCCCUUGUACUCCAAGCGGUUUGCGGUGUUUCUUUCAGAGGUUAGUGAGAACAAACUGAAGCAGCUCAACCUCAACCACGAACUGACCGCUGAGAAGCUGCGGCAGAGGUUACAGAUCAACUCCAGCAACAGGCUGGAACUCAAGUUCUUCAUGUUGUCUGGCUUGCCAGAUACCAUUUUUGAAGUGACGGAGCUUCAGUCUCUAAAGCUUGAGAUUAUGAACAAUGUGACAAUACCUGCGGCCAUUGCGCAGCUGGAAGACUUACAAGAACUGUCGCUAUACCAGUGCUCUGUAAAAACUCACACUGCCGCCACCACUUUUUUAAGGGAAAAUCUGAAGGUACUACGGGUAAAAUUUGAUGAUAGCAGGGAGCUGCCCCAUUGGAUCUACAGCCUUCGUAACGUAGAGGAGCUUUAUCUGAUUGGAUCCUUGAGCCCUGACAUUUCAAAGAAUAUUAACCUGGAGUCCCUGCGUGAGCUCAAGUCCCUCAAGAUUCUCUCUCUGAAGAGUAACCUCACUAAGAUUCCCCAGAGCAUCGUUGAUGUGUCUAGUCAUCUACAGAAGUUCUGUGUCCAUAAUGAUGGAACUAAGUUGGUCAUGCUUAAUAAUCUGAAAAAGAUGGUCAACCUAACCAUUCUGGAAUUGGUGCACUGUGAUCUUGAGCGGAUUCCCAGUGGCAUAUUCACACUUGCGUGUCUACAAGAUCUGGACCUGAAAGACAACAAUCUCAAGUCUAUAGAGGAGAUAGUACACUUCCAACAGCUGCGCAAGCUUACCUCCCUCAAAUUGUGGUACAAUGCUAUAUGCUACAUACCUGAGAAUAUCAAGAAGUUGGGUAGCUUGGAACACCUCCACUUUAACCACAACAAGAUCGAGAUUCUUCCCUCCCAUCUCUUCUUAUGCAACAAGCUACGCUACCUGGAUUUGUCCUUCAAUGAUAUCCGUUUCAUUCCUCCUGAGAUUGGUGUCCUCCAGAGCUUGCAGUACUUCUCUGUUACCUGUAACAAGAUUGAGAACCUUCCAGAUGAACUGUUCUUCUGCAAAAAACUCAAAACCCUCAAGCUGGGAAAGAAUACUUUGUCCCUACUUUCUCCAAAAAUUUCCUACUUGGUUCUGCUAACACACUUAGAGUUGAAGGGCAAUCAUUUGGAGGUUCUGCCAGCUGAGCUGCGCUUCUGCCGGAACCUUACUCGCAGUGGAUUUGUUGUGGAGGACAAUCUCUUUGAGACACUACCAUCAGAUGUUAGGGAACAAAUGAAGCUUGAGUAACCUAGAGUAACCAGACUCCCAAUUCUAACUGGCACAUUAUGAAUGAAACAUGUUAUAUAUUUUUUAUAACAUCAGUGUUUUUUCUACAUGGUUCAUAUGUUUUUAAAUGUUUCCAGUAUUUGCAGGAAACAUUUUAAAGAUCCUUAUACAUGCUUUCAAAAUCUGAACACAGUUUCUCAGAUAGAAGUUCUACGUCUGCAUUUUCUUAUGAAGUCAAGGAUUUAUACUGUACUGUAUAUGCUUCAUGCCUGCAUUUCAGUUUAUUUAUUUCAAUUUCAUACUUAUCAUACGUUUUAUUAUUGAUUCACACCGGAAAAUAUUUUACCAUUACAGCACACUGGUUUCAGAGCACAAAAUUGCCAAUUAUCUGAAUAAAAAAAAAAGAACUUGAUAAAUUCAAA